AUGGCGAUAGGUUGCUAUGGCUUGGGCGUAAUCGAACCAGCUCUUUACAAAAGCACGCUUGAUUUAGACGAGAUCCAAUGGCCAGAGGGACAUAUAGGCAGAUUAUGGUUUUCACUUCGAUACGAACCUUCAACUGAAAAAUUAUUGGUCUCUCUUUUGAAAGCCAAGAAUUUGCCGUCAAGAACUAUUGGAACAGUCAACAGUUGUGAUCCAUUUGUGAGGUUAUAUCUGAUGCCGGACGAAAGAAGAUAUCUACAAUCAAGACAAAAAAAGAAAACCUGUAAUCCAUACUUUGAUGAGACCCUGGUAUUUCAGGUGUCCCCUAAAGAUAUGGCUGACCACACUUUGAAGCUGACAAUUAUAGACGGGGGUCGAACAAAAAAGAAGGCAGAGAUAGGUCACAUAACGUUUCCAUUAAAAGAUUUAGAAAUAGGAGAUGGUUUAGAACAACAGCUAUUUAAGAUGGACUUGGAGAAGGAAGCUCCAGAAUACAAGACUGAUUUAGGAGAAUUGCUGAUUUCUCUGGUAUACAACGAGAACAUUAGUAGGCUAACGGCAACGGUAAUCGAAGCCAGGAGGCUCAAGUUUGUAGGCGACAAACACGAAGCCUACGUCCGGUUAACCCUCAGCCACCAUUACAAAACAGUCAAAGAGAAGAGAACAGAAGUCGCGAAAUGCUCAAGCGACAGGACUGUGACCUUUAUAGAAGGCUUCAACUUCAAAAUAGGAGCUUCACAAGUGGAGACCACUAGCCUAGCGUUCCAUAUAUUUCAAUCGACGAGUGGUUACGGUAGGGACAAACUUAUUGGAAAAUGUGUAUUGGGUUCCUACAUGUUUGCCAGAGGAAAGGCGCUUAUCCAAUGGAACACUGCGUUUGCCAAUCCCAUGGAGCAAUGUCAACAGUGGCAGCCUUUAUCUGAAUAGUUUCUCAAGCCUUUAGAUUUAUUCCAAAUUUUAGGGUUUUUCCCUAAAAUAAACAAAUUAUUUUAUUUCUAACAUUUAGAACCCAAGAGGAAGACAUGGUACCAUUUUUAUAAUAAGUACUAUUAUGUUUUAGAAUAAUUUUAGACAUUAUUUUACUUUUCUG